AUGCGAGCCCUCCAAAAGAAUGUCACAUGGGAACUCAUGCCCUUACCUCAUAGAAAGAAGAUAGUAGGAUGCAAGUGGAUUUAUAUUGUGAAACUCAAAGUAGAUGGAUCUAUUGAAAGAUAUAAAGCUAGAGUAGUGGCGAAUGGGUACACACAGAGAUAUGGGAUUGACUACUAUGAGUCAUUUGCCCCAGUAGCCAAGAUUAACGCUAUCAGAGUCCUAUUGUCUUUAGUAGCAAAUCUCGAUUGGCCACUACAUCAGUUUGAUGCAAAAAAUGCAUUGUUACAUGGAAACUUGGAAGAAGAAGUAUAUAUGGACCUACCACCUGGAUGUAAUUUAGCUCGUGACAAGAAGAAUCACAGUAAUUCAAAUCACACCCUGCUCGUGAAGAGUGAUGAAAGAAGACUUACUGCAUUGAUUGUUUAUGUAGAUGAUAUAGUCGUAACUGGAAACGACACUGGAGAGUAA